UACCAUGUCGUACUAGAAUGUGUAAUGUGCAUGGUAAUCAUGCUAGGAAAUCUCCACUCUGUCACAGUCCUCGCCAUUGACAUGUCUGCACGAAAAGAAAAAUGCUAUAAUGCUACAGUGGAACCUCAGAAUAACAGACAAGUUAGUGCAGGAGGUUUUGUUCGCUAUUCAGAGGUGUCCUUUAGGGAGGUUAUAUACCAUAAUUAUAAAGUCAUAUUAUCCUAAAUGUGUUUAGUAAGGGUACCGUAUAUACAGCGGGAUAUUUUCGUAUGGUGGUUCGUAUAUUUAAGAGCAUCAUACGAAAAUGAAAUUAUUCUACCAUAAUAUUCAACGUCACUAUCCGAGCUGUACGAAAAUUAAAUGGGCGGUUCGUACGAAAAUUUGCACCAAUGAAAAUUACCCGCUAUAAUUAUGGUAUCAGGAGUUCAUGAAGAGGAGUAUUCAACUCCCAAGCACAUUCCAUUCUACAUCUAGGACUGAACACUUGUACUACUACAAGUUUGCAGAACAGUUGUCAUACUCAGAGUAGCAGUAAGGGCGUGGUGACUCUCGAGUGUGUUGUGGUUUUGUGGUCUGUUCACCCUAGAUCUUAUUUACUCACAAUUCAUGACAGCAACUUUAAAAAGAGUAUCCUUCUAUGAACUGCAUGCUUGAGCUAUAAUUAUAUACUACCUUUAAAUUAAUCUUCUGAAUAUGGUGUAUAGCUACCCAUAAGAAAAGUACUGAAGAGAAGUUAAAUGAUUUCUGAAUCAACGCUGCGUGUGCAGUCAAUUUGAAUUUGAACUGCUCUCUUCAGUGCUGCUCCUGCUAACAUGACCACAACACUGAACACUUGAACAUGAGAGUCACCACCUACUGCUAUAUACUCUGAGUAGUAUGACAACUGUUUUGCAAACCACUGUACACUCCUACUGUCCCUCUUCCAUAACUUCACAAAAUUCUUGCGGUCGACCUUGGGCAGAAUUUCCUUGUAGGUCAUUGCAUGGAUUAACAUAAAUUCUUCAAUUUGCGUUUCUCACAGGUUGCACUCGACCGAGGACUCUCAGCUCGAGGCGUGGAAAGAGGAACCUUGAUGAAUUUCUGUCCGGUAAGAGCUGAUGCUGGCGAUGGGUCCCAGUGGCCAUCAAACUGGAGAGAGAUGCCAGGCUUGCUCCCGUGUCUCUGGCCCCGUGCACACUCCUCACUGUCUACAAUGAACUCAGUCUGUGAACCAGAAGAAAACACCGAUAAUUUCUCAGCAUUUAGAGAGAUUUUAGGGAGGUAGAUACGUAACUACUGAAGCCUCUCAAAAAAGAGAGGUGACAGAGGUUGUUUAGACAUUACAUGUCAGCAUUGCACAAAGUUUGAGUGGUCUACAUAACGGACACCUUCGGGGAACAACGUUUUGGCUUUGUACGUGCAUGUAUAUAUACGCUCAAUAGGUACUUUUUUUACCCAUUACAUGUCCUGUAUGCCCAAUAGUAACUCAAUCUCUUAUUUACACCCCAAUAGGUGCUAAGUCAGGUACGUACACAUGUAGUAAAGCUGACCUGAACUUUCCGAAGGAGUCAACCACUUUUUUCUGUGUAACGAAAGUACUGAAUCGCGAACAGUUCAUUAUAUUAAAUGCAUAUACUAUCGGCACGUAUCGAGUUUAUUACAAUAUACAUUUCCACAGGGAAUCAUGCCUAAUUCAGAAGAGAUGGCUGUUAUUGGCAACCUCAGAAGAGAUGGUUGUUAUUGGCAACCUCACAAAAGCAAAGUACGCUCUGGUGACUGAAGACAGCAGUACUCAACUGGGUGAAGAGGAGCUGAACCCUGUGUGUUCCAAUCUACUGGCGGACUUCAACGUGCAGCCCGUCCCUGGGGUAACCCCAAUUCCAAACUGUGUGCAGAGGCAAAAGAGACAGACAAAAAUCGUACUAAUCAGUGACAUGCUGAAGGAUAGCGCUAUACUAACUGCUAUUGAGAAUGAGAAUGCAUGCAAUCCUGUUCUUAGGACUUUAGCAGAAGCUACUAUCACCAUAGUGGAUAUAGAGAGAAUCCUCAACAUCUUACUCAACUGAGGAAAAGGAUUGCUGACAACUGUACGUACAUACAUUAAGAAUACCAAUGUAGAUACAGGGAACGUCUUUUAUACAUGCAUGAAAUGCUCCAUGUAAUACCCAUUAAUCCAUGGUCAAACAGAAGAACUUGAUCAGGGUCAGUUUCUUCCCUCAUACCAUCAUUGUACGGAUCAUCUCUACGUGCGUUUCCCAGGUUUCUUCUUGUUCUUUUGCAUAAUUUUUCCGCUUAAGAGCUUGUGGAAUUAUUUUUCUCAGUCUGAGUGCACUUCGCUGUCUCAGCAGCACAAGAACUUUCUUCAAAUGUACUUAUAACAGCGAUAGCAAAUUAUCACCACAAACAAAAUAAAAGCCAUUGCCAUAGAAAUAUUAGAUAGUAUGUAUUGGUUCCCACUAGUGUUUUCGUCACAUUGCAACCAUUGAG